UAUAUGCAAUUAUCAUGUCGUGUCAUAUAAUAUAACAAUAUAUAUGCAUAGCUCUGUUUAUAUCUAUUUUUAGUAAGUUAUAAUAGUCUGUGCAGAAAAGGAGAAUCUAUUUUUGUUGACAUCUUAUCGUUUUACUUAGUGAAUUACUUUCUGGGUUUCUUCUCGUCGCCGCCGCUUUCUUUAGUUUUCUGGAUUUUUUAUCUUUAAUAGGCUUUUAGAUGCUUUGCUGGUAUAGCACAAGGACGGCAAUUUACAGGUUCGAGGGAAAAACUAAUUCUGGUAAUAAUCUCUGAGUCUAAUAAUGCACAGUACAUUUUGAAAAUGCAUACAAAUCUCAGUAUGUCAAUGUGCGGAAAAUGUUAACAAAAAUUGAAAAAUUGUAGUUUUCCUACAAUAAAUGUAAAAAUGUUUCCUUUUUUCUUCUAACACAAAAUUAAACACGCAGUUGAAUAAUCCAUCUUGCAGUGCAUAAGGAAUGAGUUGCUUAACGUUUCGAUGACAGUUUAAUUCCAUUUUGUAUUGAAUAUUUUUUUACAAAAUCUAUGACGUGGUGUUUCUGCGAUUGUUUACUAAUGCCUUGUAAUACACACGAGGAAAUCAACAUGGGAGUUUCGAGAAAUACAGGCAACCAAUGACCUGCCUCAUGCGUUUACCUAAGGCUCGUUCAGAACCGACUUAAUGACUGAUAUUGAUAUAUGGUAAUUUUUUCACCAGAUCACAUGACACAAUUACCUCAAGAAUCGAUCAAGAUGAAUUGCACGUCAGCGUGCGUUUCCGAUUUUUCUCCCUCACGAGUCCUAUCCACACGCAUAUGGUGCAAUAGAUGGGCAAAGUUUAACACAGCCAAGCAGCCGAUUUCUGCUUUCUACAGUGAGCAAUGACGGAUUACGAUGAUCGCAGUAACUGUGCUUCUAAUAUGUAUUUACCGUACUACGUUUCUGCGCCCGAUUUCUCGUCUGUCUCGUCGUUUUUACCACAGACCACGUCGUGUCAAGUCAAUUUUCCCUAUUCUUCGAACAUAGCUCAAGUCCAACCUGUUCGUGAGGUGUCUUUUAGGGACUACGGACUGGAUCAUCCGAGCAAAUGGCAUUACAGGGGCAAUUACGCAUCGUACUAUUCGACGGACGAGAUCAUGCACCGGGAUCUCCUGCAGUCAUCAAACAGAGCGGAAAUGCUUUUCAAAAACGAUCCUGUGUACAGCCAUCACGGCAGCACGAACUCCUCGUGCAAUUUCUUCACUAACGUCGGCCGGAACGGGGUGCUUCCGCAAGGAUUCGAUCAGUUUUUUGAAACUGUUAACUCUGAAAAGCCCAGCGCUGAGCAGUCCAAACAAAAAACAGAGACCAGUGUCCCCGGAGAUGUUGCAUGUAAUAAAGUGUCUACAGAUACCGUGGAGCUGACCAAACGAGAAGCUACAGAAACCACAGAAGAGGAAUCCUCGAUAUCAACCUGCGACGAAGAAAAGAACAACGGCUCAAGUGCAACCAAGUCCAGAAAAAAGAGAUGCCCAUAUUCAAAAUACCAGAUCCGAGAACUUGAACGAGAAUUCUUUUUCAAUGUGUACAUAAACAAAGAGAAACGCCUGCAGUUGUCGAGAAUGCUCAGUCUUACAGACCGACAAGUGAAGAUUUGGUUCCAGAACCGAAGGAUGAAAGAGAAAAAGUUAAACCGAGAUCGCCUCCAGUAUUUCACUGGAAAUCCAUUGUUCUAAAAGUCAUAAUGUUGUCCGCUUCGGUAGACGACCAUGUCUUCUAUUUUGUCAUGUUUGUGAGGAAAAAGACACAUGAGGUAUUUUCACGUCAACUGUAUUUUAUAUAACUAUGCAAAAAUAUUUGUUAUCAUAAACGAAUUUUAUCCGCAAUAAUAAUUCAAGAAUAAAUAUUUAAACAAAUCAGUAUUUACAGUGAACGGAAUUAACAUAGGGUACCUGGACAAUCUCUUCAUAUUUGUUUGUGUUGAUGACAUUGCAAUUCAAUCACAUUAUUUGUAUUUAUUUAUUGCAUUUUCCACAGUUCAUUGAAAUACAUAAAUUCAAGUAUCAUUUUACAUUGCGUAAGCAAAAUAUACAUUUGAUUACAGUAAUCAAUACGUACAUACAUUAAGGUAGAGUUGUGUAUGCAUUUAUUCGUGAGUAGCAUGUAAUGGAUUGAUGUUUUGAAUAAAUAAAAGUACAAAAAAGUGCAUUUA